UCUUGGAAAGUUAUGAGGAUGUGACAGCGUCCUUAGAUUAAGGACUGACGAGGGACAAUGAGCAACUUCUUCUCUUCUAAUGUUUCCUCGACACAUCAAGGUGUAAAGCGUCAGAAGUUGAUCCGAAGUGAGUUCAGCAGGUGUGUCUCUGCUAUGAAUCAGUGUGAGGACAGAGAGGAGGGAGUUCCUCCCUCUGAAACCACUCUGUGUGGGGAACAUGAGAACCAGACCAAAGCUCAGAGAACAAAGCAGCAGAACAGACCUGGUUCUCCUGUUCCCAGCUGUGUGUCCAUGAAGAGUGACCGGUCUAUGCGCGAUCCCAUUGAGUUCAAAGGUGGACACCAGGCUGUUCAUGGAGGGAACCAUCAGCAAAGACCAGCAUCUUGUGAACCCAGCCUUGUGUCUAUGAAGAGUUACCAAUCUAUGCGUGAACCCAUUAAAUUGAAAGAUGGACACCAGACUGUUAAUGAAAGUGUUAACCAGCAGAGUUCAGAGGAUCUCAGAGGUCAGUCUGUCCCUCAGCAUCAAACAGAUCUGGACUCCAUAUUAAUGUUUCAGUGCCAACAACAACUCAAGUCCAACCUGAAGAAGAAGUUCCAGUGUGUGUUUGAGGUGAUCGCUAAAGCAGGAAACCCAACUCUUCUGAAUCAGAUCUACACAGAGCUCUACAUCACAGAGGGAGGGACUGCAGAGGUCAAUGAUGAACAUGAGGUCAGACAGAUUGAAACAACAUCCAGGAAACCAGACAGAGCAGAAACAACCAUCAGACAGGAAGACAUCUUUAAAGGCUCACCUGGAAGAGAUGAACCAAUCAGAACAGUGAUGACAAAGGGAGUGGCUGGCAUUGGGAAAACUGUCUUAACACAGAAGUUCACUCUGGACUGGGCUGAAGACAAAACCAACCAGGACAUCCACUUCACAUUUCCAUUCACUUUCAGAGAGCUGAAUGUGCUGAAAGAGAAAAAGUACAGUUUGGUGGAACUUGUUCAUCUCUUCUUUACUGAAACCAAAGAAGCAGGAAUCUGCAACUUUCAGCACUUCCAGGUUGUGUUCAUCUUUGAUGGUCUGGAUGAGUGUCGACUUCCUCUGGACUUCCACAACAAUGAGAUCCUGACUGAUGUUACAGAGUCCACCUCAGUGGAUGUGCUGCUGACAAACCUCAUCAGGGGGAAACUGCUUCCUUCUGCUCGCCUCUGGAUAACCACACGACCUGCAGCAGCCAAUCAGAUCCCUCCUGAGUGUGUUGACAUGGUGACAGAGAUCAGAGGGUUCAAUGACCCACAGAAGGAGGAGUACUUCAGGAAGAGAUUCAGAGAUGAGGAGCAGGCCAUCAGCAUCAUCUCCCACAUCAAGACAUCACGAAGCCUCCACAUCAUGUGCCACAUCCCAGUCUUCUGCUGGAUCACUGCUACAGUUCUGGAGGAGCUGUUGAAAACCAGAGAGAGAGGAGAUCUGCCCAAGACCCUGACUGAGAUGUUCAUCCACUUCCUGGUCAUUCAGACCAAAGUGAAGAAGGUCAAGUAUGAUGGAGGAUCUGAGACAGAUCCACACUGGAGUCCAGAGAGCAGGAAGAUGAUUGAGUCUCUGGGAAAACUGGCUUUUGAACAGCUGCAGAAAGGAAACCUGAUCUUCUAUGAAUCAGACCUGACAGAGUGUGGCAUCGAUAUCAGAGAGGCCUCAGUGUAUUCAGGAGUGUUCACACAGAUCUUCAAAGAGGAGAGAGGACUUUACCAGGACAAGGUGUUCUGCUUCGUCCAUCUGAGUGUUCAGGAGUUUCUGGCUGCUCUUCAUGUCCAUCAGACUUUCAUCAACUCUGGUGUCAACCUGAUGGAAGAACAGACAACAUCUUGUUCAUUUGGCAUCUUGAAAAACAAAUCUUCACUAAAACAUCUCUACCAGACAGCUGUGGACCAGGCCUUGCAGAGUCCAAAUGGACACCUGGACUUAUUCCUGCGCUUCCUCCUGGGUCUUUCACUGCAGACCAAUCAGAAUCUCCUACGAGGCCUGCUGACACAGACAGGAAGUAGCUCAAAGACCAAACAAAAAACAGUCCAGUACAUCAAGAAGAAGCUCAGUGAGAAUCUGUCUGCAGAGAGAAGCAUCAAUCUGUUUCACUGUCUGAAUGAACUGAAUGAUCGUUCUCUAGUGGAGGAGAUCCAACAGUCCCUGAGAUCAGGACGUCUGUCCACAGAUAAACUGUCUCCUGCUCAGUGGUCAGCUCUGGUCUUCAUCUUAUUGUCAUCAGAAGAACAUCUGGAUGUGUUUGACCUGAAGAAAUAUUCUGCUUCAGAGGAGGCUCUUCUGAGGAUGCUGCCAGUGGUCAAAGUCUCCAGCAAAGCUCUGCUGAGCAGCUGUAACCUCUCAGAGAGAAGUUGUGAAGCUCUGUCCUCAGUUCUCAGCUCUCAGUCUUCUAGUCUGAAAGAUCUGGACCUGAGUAACAACGACCUGCAGGAUUCAGGAGUGAAGCUGCUUUCUGCUGGACUGACGAGUCCACACUGUGAACUGGAAACUCUCAGUCUGUCAGGUUGUCUGGUCUCAGAAGAAGGUUGUUCUUCUCUGGUCUCAGCUCUGAGCUUCAAUCCCUCCCAUCUGGGGGAGUUGGAUCUGAGCUACAAUCAUCCAGGAGACUCAGGAGUGAAGCUGCUUUCUGCUGCAGUGGAGGAUCCACACAGAAGACUAGACACUGUCAGUGUGGAUCAUUGUGGAGAACAGAGAUUAAAACCUGGUGUGAUGAAGUAUUUCUCUGAACUUGAAUUGGACACAAACUCAGUGAACAGAAACCUCAAACUAUCUGACAACAACAAGAAGGUGAUGCUGGUGGAGGAAGAGCAGCCAUAUCCUGAUCAUCCAGACAGAUUUGACAGCUGGAAUCAGCUGCUGUGUAAAAAUGGUCUGACCGAUCGCUGUUACUGGGAGGUGGAGUGGAGAGGAGAGGUACAUGUAUCAGUGAGUUACAGAGGAAUCAGAAGGAAAGGAAACAGUCUUGACAGUAGGUUUGGAGGGAAUGAUAAGUCCUGGAGUCUCUUUUGUUAUGAUAAUGGUUACUCUCUCUGCCACAAAGACAUGGUAACAUCCAUCUCCUCCUCCUCCAUCUCUAACAGAGUAGCAGUGUAUGUGGACUGUCCUGCUGGCAUUCUGUCCUUCUACAGAGUCUCCUCUGAUUCUCUGAUCCACCUCCACACCUUCAACACCACAUUCACUGAACCUCUGUAUCCUGGAUUUGGGUUUACAUCUUGGUGUUCAGUGUUGUCUGGUUCUUCAGUGUCUCUGUAGGAGGGAGAGUGUCAUGAAAUUACAGCAGCUUCAGUUCUUACUCUUAAAUGCUGAUGGUGGAUGAUGUUUCACUUUGGUUCACAUUUGAAUCACUGAUUGUAAUUAAAUGUCAAAACAUAUUUUGUCUUAAAAGGUAAUGACAUCAUCUUCUGAGCCCUGAACUCAUAGAAAAACUGGACUUACUUUGAUACUGACUUCAGCAAAAUGGUUUCUUACAGCAUCUAUUCGAUUCAAUUCAAUUUUACUUAUAUAGCACCAAUUACAAUUCAGAUUGUCUGAAGAUGCUUUACAGAACCCAUAUGUCUGAAUACCCAGAGCAAGCCCUAAGGUGACAGUGGCAACAAAAACUCCCUUUUAACAAGAAGAAACCUUGAGCAGAACCCGGCUCAUAUGGAGGACCCAUCUGCCACUGGCUGGCCAGGUUAUGAGGGACAAAGUCAGAAGAGGUAGAGGGGAUGGGGGACAAGGAAACACAGAGAAGGACACAGGGGGACACAAAGUGAAUGCCAUGUGAUAAUGGUAUAGAUAGUAAAUACACAGGAAAUAAGAGAAAGACUCAGUGCAUCAAGAGUCUAACCUAGUGAUCGAUAAGGGCUGCAUUGGUUGUCAAUUACUUUAAUCAAGUUUUGGACAGAAAAAAAAAUCCCUGAGCAUCAAUUAGGUAACUACAUUAGCGUCAUCCAACAUCUUUCCAAAUAUGUAUUCAGAAAACACCAGGAUGAGGUGAUGUGUUAGGCACAGUCCAAACUCAUCAUCCACAGCUGCUCAGUCUUUGCAAACCCUCCAACAGUCGGCUCAAACUGCCAUCUCUGCCCUUCUCUGUGUUCUCCAUGGAGGGAGCACAGGAAUCCAGCAGGUGAGAAGGAAACACUAAAACUCUCUCAGCAGAGAGGUACUAUGGAUAAUUGCUACUCUCCAUUCAGAGAAGGAUACAAGGGCAGCGGUUUGAUCCGGAGGGAAUUCAGCAGAUGAGAAUCCUAACAGAGAAAUAGCUUUCAUCAACAGGAAAACUUUGAUCAGUACAAAUAUGUGUUAAAGCUGUCUGAGUGUUGAAAUAUUGUAAAAAAUUUCUCUGCAAGGGAAACGUCAAUAUUUGUAGAGUAAUUUCUGUGUAUUAUUGCCUGUGAUUAGCAGGUGAAGUUUCUUUGUGUGUAUUUGUGUGUAUGCACAGUAUAUUCUCCUGCUAAAGUGAAGAGUACUUAGAUUGUAAUCUGAUCUCAGGCCAACUGUAAAAAUGCAGAGAAUGUCAGAACUGGUUGAACAGCUUUAGUCAGUUUGACUGAGGCUCAUUUAUGUGCACAUAAUAUGGGUGUUUAUGAUGUGUCGAUUAUACUUAACAGUGAUAUAUGAGAAACUGAAAUCACUGCUCUUGUAAAUAUUAUUGAUAGAAUGAAUAGCCUCUCAAAUGUACAUAUUUGAUUGCUAUUAGUAGUAGUACUACUGGUAGUAGUACUAGCAGUAAAACGUUUAUUAUUUUUUAAAUGAUUCUUGUAUUCAUGUAUUAUUAAAGUAUCGUUUUGUCUCA